AUGCAGGGUGAUAUGAUGGAGAAACUUACUGUAGACGACACGGUCGCUUUGGCUACCUUUAGCCAAAUGUGCGCUGAACAAGGCCUUCUACAGCAACGUCCGGGUCUGAAAGAAGGGGAUGUUAGCGAUGGGAUCAAUGACAAGACAACUCUCCUACGAUUCCUCCAGGCAUGUAAAAUGAACCAUACCGAUGCCCUUGAACAAUUCCAAAAGGCGACCAAAUUCCACACAGAAAAGAAAGCAAUUCCCCUCUACGACCUGAUCAGUGUCGAUGAUUAUGAGGAUACACGGAAAUUGGUCAGUCGCAUGAACUUCGAAAAUGGGAUAACUGCGCCGUUAGAUGAACUGAUCAACCUAGUGUAG